CACUCGCUCCCGUACGCAGACGGUCCCUCGAGCAUGCACAGAUGGGACAUGAUGGACCUCCUCCAGCGCCACCUCCCAGCGAGCUGCACCAUCCACCUCUCCAAACGGUUGGAGUCGUACACCGAAACGAAGCCCGGCGACAUCGCUCUGCGCUUUGCAGACGGCAGUACCGCAACUGCAAACGUGCUCUUCGGCGCGGACGGCAUACACUCUCCGACGCGUCGGUCCAUGUAUGAGGCUGCCGUCGAGCAGAAACACCCGUUGGUAGAUUCUGCCAAGAUGGACGAGUACGUCAAUCCACAGUGGUCGGGGUGGCGCAUCUAUCGUGACUUGGUCCCAAUGUCGAAGUUGUUGGAGAUGUAUCCUGAGCAUCCUGUAUCUGGGGAUAUGCACAUCCUGUGUGGACAGGGGAAGCAUGUCGUCCACUACCCAGUCAACAACGGCGCCAACCUCAACAUCGCAUACUUCAUCUAUGACAAAGAAAACGCCGGGAAACCAUUCGAGGGUCGGUGGGUCGAAGAUGUUCCCAAACAAGAAAUCGUGGACAGAUUCGACGACUUUGAGCCCGAGCCCAAGCAAAUUCUCGAGAUGGGCACUGCACAUCGUAUCGGAGCUGCCUAUCGUCACCCUGGGCAACGUAGCCCUCUUCGGAGACUCGGCACAUGCCAUGGCCCCACACACGGGCGCGGGCGCCGGGCAGGCGAUCGAAGACGCGUACAUCAUCGGGCGCCUCCUCGCGCACGACAAGGUCGACACGCUCGCGCGCGUGUCGCUCGCGCUUAGAGUGUACGAGGACGUCCGCCGCGAGCAGGCGCAGCGGUUCGCGCGGUACAGCAUGGACAGCGGGCUGCUGUACGAGUUCAGCCAUCCCAGCCAGGCGGGGCGGGAGAGGUCGACGGAGGCGCUGGAAGAGUGGAAGGAGGCUAUUCAGGAGAGGUGGGAGCGGUCGAUCGAGAGUGGGGCGCUGGAGGGGUGGGCCGAGGCUCAGAGGAGACUGGAGGAGGCUAUUCGCGUAAGUGGGGGAACCAACGGGUUGGUAGAUGGGGCGGACUAUGUUCGUCCGAGUCUUUAGCGCUUGAGAUGUAUAUUUAACACAUGUUCUCAUGCUUUUAUGCCUAUGAUGUCGUCCGUCUUCUAUCUAGGCCAGUCGAGAUAGAUAAGCUCGAGGACGAGUGUUUUCGCUUUCUGCAAGACACUGACGAUGCUGUGGUCCUACAUAUCACAUCUGCGUGCAUGUCGCCAAAAGCAGCAUGAACGCGAACAGCGUCUCGCUGAUCUUGACCAGCGCUACUACGAGCCCUUCACCGCCGACGACAAACACAUCCUCUCCCUCCCCAUCUCCGCCAUAGUCGUAGGUGUCAACUCCGCCAAGCUCUUCACAAGAGACGUCCUCUUCGCAUAUGGCAAAGCGGCCCGCCUCGCGCACCUCCAGACCAACUGCCUCACCGAGGUCAUGCUCUCCUCCGCCGAAGGCUGGGCCGACGCCGUCGCGCAGCAGCCCUCGUCCACAGCCCGACCACUCGCGGGCGUGCCCGUCUCCCUCAAGGACAUGAUCGCGCUGCAAGGAUGGGACGCAUGCAUCGGCUACUCGGCGCACGUCGGCAAGCCGUUCAAGGCGCACAGUGCAAUCGUGCGCCUCCUGCUCGACGCGGGCGCGGUUCCGUUCGUCAAGACCAACGUGCCCACCACUCUGCUGUCCUUCGAGUCGUCCAACGACGUCUUCGGCACGACGGAGAACCCGCACAAGAAAGGGUUCAGUCCCGGCGGGUCGUCGGGCGGUGAAGGCGCGCUGCUUGCGCUGGGCGGGUCGCGUAUUGGGGUGGGUACCGACGUCGCGGGGAGUGUGCGUGCGCCGGCGCAUUAUUCGGGGGUGUACACGAUCCGGUCGAGCAUGUAUAGGUUCCCGAGGACGGGGAAUGCGACGUGUAUGCCCGGGCAGGAGGCCAUUCCUGCGACGCAUAGCCCGAUGGCGAGGACGUUAGAAGAUCUGGAGACGUUUUGGAGGGCGGUGAUGGAGAUGAGGCCAUGGGAGUAUGACCACUCGGUUAUCGAAAUGCCGUGGCGAGAUGUCAAGCUACCAACGGAUAGGCCUCUGAGAUGGGGUGUGAUGUGGGACGACGGCAUUGUGGCGCCCUCGCCUGCAUGCUCAAGAGCACUGAAGAUGGUUACAGAUGCACUGAAGGGUGCAGGGCACGAAAUAGUGACAUUACAAAGUCCGAGCCCAUACGAAGGCCUCCAGCUCGCUUCUCAGAUUCUUCUGGCAGAGGGAGGGAAAACAGCGGGUGGCCCACUCCGCACGGGCGAGAGAAACAGCGCAGGGAUAGCGACGGGAUUCAUUGCACUUGGUCUUCCCCAGUGGGCCCGGCGCAUCUUCGCCUGGUACAUCCGCUACAUCCGCAGAGACCCCAUAUACGCGGGUCUCAUUGAGGGGUGGAGGGAAAAGACGGUUCAAGAGUACUACGCUCUGAUUGCGAAAAGAGAGGAAUACCGAGCGCAAUGGUUCAAGGUCUGGCGUGGAAUGGACAUAAGCAAAGCUAGCGGCGAGGGAGUCGAUUUCAUCUUGACCGUGCCGAACGCGUUGCCAGCGGUUCCCCAUGGAGGGCUGAGACAUGGAUGGAAGGCGUGUUGUUACACGUUCCUAUUCAGUCUACUCGACUACCCAUGCGGAGUAAUGCCAAUCACCAAGGUCGAAGGUGUCCUGGAUUCGCUUCCCGAAGGAUUCCGCCCAAGGAACUUGAUUGAGAAGAAGAACUACAAGAUGUACAAUAGUGAGGGAAUGGAUGGUCUUCCUGUCGGUGUGCAGGUCAUUGGCCAGCGCUUGAACGAGGAGCAUGUGAUGGAGGCGAUGAAGCUCAUCGAAGAGUUGAUGCGACGAGAGGGAAGAAAAUAUGCAGGCUUGGCGCUUUUCUAA